UCAAGUGGAUUUAUCAGCAACCAUUGCUCUUGCCCCAAAAAAAUCAUGCAACCUUAGCAGCCAGCGCACCUGUAUAAAACGUCUCCCUUGCUCUCCCCAAUUGCUCCUCAGACAAUUCGUUUCUGCUCAAUUGAUUUGCAACAAUGGCCUCUCACCACGCCGUCGCCAAGAAGAUCCAACCCGAGCCUGGCUUUGUUAACAAGGCUGCUCCUGGCAUCUCUUACUUCACCCCCGAGCAAGACCCUCCUGCCGGUUCCGCCCUCGCCUCUCAGGACAAUGCGAUCCCCAAGCUCUUCCGCCCCAUAACCAUCCGCGGCCUGACGCUGCCGAACCGCAUCAUGCUCUCCCCGCUUUGCCAAUACUCUGCAGAGGACGGCCACAUGACGGCCUGGCACAUGGCGCACCUUGGUGGUAUCGUUUCGCGCGGACCUGGCCUCGCCAUUGUUGAGGCCACGGCCGUCGUGCCCGAGGGCCGCAUUACGCCUGAAGAUGUUGGUCUCUGGAAGGACUCUCAGAUCGAGCCCAUCAAGAAGGUGGUCGAGUUUGCGCACAGCCAGAACCAGAAGAUCGCUAUCCAGCUGGCGCACGCAGGCCGCAAGGCCAGCACAGUCGCGCCCUGGUUGUCGGCGGGUGAUAUUGCGGGCGAGGAGCUCAAUGGCUGGCCCAACAACGUCAAGGCUCCCUCUGCCAUCGCCUACAACGACCGCCACAACCUGCCCAAGGCAAUGUCGAAGGAGGACAUUGAGGAGUUUAAGAAGGCAUUCGGCGAGGCGGCCAAACGCGCCGUUGCCUGCGGCUUCGACGCGAUCGAGAUCCACAACGCGCACGGGUACCUGCUGCACUCCUUUCUGUCGCCGGCCAGCAACAAACGGACAGACGAGUACGGCGGGUCUUUCGAGAACCGCACGCGGUUGACGCUCGAGGUUGUCGAGACGGUGCGCGCCGUGAUCCCGGACACGAUGCCGCUGCUGCUGCGCGUAUCCGCGACCGACUGGCUCGAGGAGACGGACCUGAAGGACGAGUCCUGGACGGUCGAGCAGACGGCCAAGCUGGCUGAGCUCGUCGCCGCCCGCGGCGUCGACCUGCUCGACGUCAGCUCUGGCGGUCUGCACGAGAAGCAGCAGAUCAAGGGCGGACCGGGAUACCAGGCGCCAUUCGCGAACACGGUCAAGACGGCCGUGGGCGACAAGCUGCUCGUCAGCACGGUGGGCAGCAUUACGACAGGCAAGCAGGCGAACAGCCUGCUCGAGGAGGGCAACCUCGACGUCGCCAUGGCGGGCCGCAUGUUCCAGAAGAACCCCGGCCUUGUCUGGUCCUGGGCUGAGGAUCUGGACUGCGAGAUUCAGCUUGCAAACCAGAUCAGGUGGGGCUUUGGCGGCCGCGGAAAGAAGAACAAGCAGGCGCAGGAGCAGAAGCAGAAGCUGUAAAAGGAAGUAGGAGUUGCAUAGCGUGCUGAGUUUGGGAUGGAGAUUUUAGCGCUUGCAUUAGAUAUACCUAGUUGGAGUAAGAACCAGACGAGAACUAGAUGAGAAAGU